AUGGAAGCUCCUUCUUCUUCCUCCUCUGUUUCGUCAAAUACAGAAGAUUCUAGUCCAUAUCAUCUCCAAAAUGGAGAUUCUCUUGGAUCGAUUUUGGUUUCAAAUCUGCUCACAGGAGACAAUUAUACCAGUUGGUCUCGAUCAAUGGAAAUGGCUUUGAAGGCCAAGAACAAAAUCGGUUUCAUUAAUCUUGCAAUUACUCAGCCAGUUGAAACAAAUUUUUCAUAUGCUAAAUGGGAUAGAUGUAAUAGCAUGGUGUUAUCAUGGAUCCUUAAUUUCGUGGUCAGAGAUAUUGGGGAAAUCAUUGUAUAUGCAAAAACUGCCAGAGAUAUGUGGGAUGAGUUGAAGCAUCAAUUCUCUCAAGGCAAUGGACCAAGAAUUUUCCAGUUGCAAAAACAACUUUCUUCUUUGUCUCAAGAUCAAACCUCGGUGAUUGUUUAUUAUCGAAAGUUCAAGUGCUUAUGGGAUGAACUCAUGAACUAUAAUCAAAUGCCUUGUUGUACAUGUGCUGCAUCUAAAAACUGUACUUGUGGAGCUGCUCGUUUGUUUGUAGAAUAUCAACAACGUCAACAUGUAAUCAUGUUUCUUAUGGGACAAAAUGAAGAAUUUGCUCAUGUUAGGGGCCAGAUUUUACCAUUGGAACCCUUACCAUCUAUUACUAAAGUUUUCUCUUUAAUCAUUCAAGAAGAGAAACAAAGAGAAGUUGGCUCUAUGGGAAGAGUAGGGUUUGAACCUAAUGUAGCCUUCAUGAACAAAAGAGUUGAAGGUUUGAAGGUUAAUACUGGAAAUCAGCAAUACAGAAAAGAAAAACUAUUGUGCACUCAUUGUGGAACAACCAAUCACACAGUGGACAAGUGCUACAAAUUACAUGGAUAUCCUCCAAGUUACAAACAAAAAGGGAAAGUUUCAUCAGCAAAUCAAGUAAUGGUCCAAUCCUUGAGUACACCUUUUGAUCAAAAUUGCAUGUCUUUCUCUCAAGAAGAGUAUUAG